GUUAGGUACACAAAACAAGAUGCUGGGUUUCGCCUGCCUAACAUUGACCGGAACCUGGGCGGGUAAAGUCGCGUACACUGUCCGAAAGUUCACCAACACGGUGGAGAUUCUUCUCAACAUCAACUUUAAUGUAAACCCCUGGCACCCGAAUCGGACACUUUCUCGCCAUGGCACCUGAACGGGAGCUUCACAAAUUUCCCAAGGGAGAACGUUGCGAAUUUUGCGGUUCUCGCAAGUGGUACCUCGAGAACGGUCUAAGGUACUGUGCCAAGGAAGGCCAUCAACUUCAGGGCUAUGUAGAAUUUGACCUUGGCGACGAGGACUUUGGCCAGAAAGGUCGUGUUUCUCGCAAAGAAAAACAGGUCAAGGAGCGUGUAAAGCGUGUGCUUUCAGGCCAGCAGGCGCGGGACUUGUAUCUCGAAUGCCUCCAGCUUGUACUGAGAGAGCAGAUUCUCUGGCUGGUCACGAAAAAAGGUCAUGCGGCCGAACUGGAAACGGUAGUUCGUGACCUUUGGGAUCUUCGGACCUGCAGAGCUCCGACUGUCGUCCACGACGAUUCGGCCUCGGAGGGGGAGCCCUCACUCUUCAGCUCACAGCUCGACCUCAUGCUAGAUGAGCCAGCUCAUGCGCGGACCAAGCGGGCACAAAGCUGGGCUGCUGAAGACGGCCGCGAGUGGCCAGCGCCGCGGGUGAUGGAUACCUUGGGUCUAUGUAUCCUGGGAUGCGUGCUUCUCAGAAUACCGACGCGGAUUGGGGAUAUUGCCAGGUGGGUAAGAGCAGGAAGCAUUCCUUACAGAGAAGCUUACUGGCAACUGCCUCAAGAGAUGCGCGACAGACUACCACCGUCGUACACAAACCCGCUAAAGGCAGCACGCUUAGCUGCGUUCGACCACGGCGAGCUUCAUGCUUCAGUUUUGAACCUUGCUUUAUCGUAUCAUGUUAACUACAACAUGGUCUUCCCCCCACUCAACGACGUUCUUAUGACAUUGCAGUAUGUCCGUGAGCUAGGCUUGCCUGUUGAGAUGAUCGCCAUUGCUCGUAGAAUACCACCGAUAGCCAAUCUCACCUUCGGAUUCCCUCUGGAGAAGACUCGAAUCCGGCUCAUACACCAGCCAGAAGUUCUUCUAGUUGCCGUUAUCGUUCUCGCGACCAUUCACUGUUUCCCUUUUGAGAACUGUACAGCUUCCAAUCAUGACGAGAAUAGCUUCCUAGUGCCGAGACUCGACUGGGAAAAGUGGAGGACGAUCAUGGCGCCAGCUUUGAGUACAGGCUUGGUUCAAAUGAGAGUGGACUACACAGAUGUCACGGCGUCACAAAUAUUGUCAAUGGGGCCGGCAGAGCUCGAUGAUUAUUUUGCACAUCUGUCACUCCUUACCGAUCCGCAAGCAGAGGAAACAAUGCUUGCGAAGUACUUUCCCGUCGAGGAGCAGCCUUCCAAGCAGGCCCUGUCUGAGACCCCGGAAGAUGAGACGGUUGGGAGGCUGCGCGCCAUUCAAGCCCAAGCUGCAUCGUUUGUCGAUCCGGUCGGCCAACCAGGGCAAAGAGAGAGAGGCCCGCAAAAGGGCAUUUACUACUCCUACAAGUCUGAAGAAGACUUGCCACCUGCAGGAAGAGACUUCUUCAAAUUAGCCGCCCAACUGGCAGGGUUGUCAGUUCCAAUGCUGGUGCGAGCAGUCAACAUGCUCGAGGCGCACAUCGUAAUCUGGCAAAGGGAGCAACGUCGGGCGGCAAGUGAACGCCGCGAGAGAUGUCGGUCAGUCGUGAACGUUGACUCAGAGACCGAGCAGCCAACUUCUACAGGCCUAUAAUGCAUUGCAGACGAGCAAGGUCGUUGCGAUAGGUUUCUUCAGAGCUCAUAGACCUACAUGUUCAACGUGCAAGUUUGCAUAGUAGUGUAUGAAUUAGGAAUUUGUCGAAAUGCAAUGAUACCCGGUAAUAAACAUCCUUAGCAGAGAGUCUUGAAGAGACUCUAAAAUAUUCAUGUAUAUGCUACACGUUAGAAGCAACCACCUCUCCUACUCACCCGAAGCUUGACUAUCUCGCAAGUGUGAAGUCGUCGCAAUCAAUCCUACAGGGCUCCCAGUGAAG